AUGUCCCGUAUAUACAAACUAAGCCGAGCACUUCAGCGCAGCCAAGUUGGCGCGCUCCGGCCGCGCUCUCUACUACCCGCUCGGUCAUCCCGCUGCGGCUUCAGCACCAGCGCCACACGCCCAUUGAUGGAAUUAACAGGCUUCACCGAAGAGCAACUAACAGUGCGCGACGCCGUAUCCGCCAUCUGCGCCAAAUUCCCCAACACAUACUGGCAGGAUUGCGACCAAAAUGAGCGCGACCCGAAAGAGUUCCACGCCGCCCUAGCCCGAGACGGAUGGUUAGGAAUCGCGCUGCCUGAGGAACUAGGAGGCGCAGGUCUAGGAAUCUCCGAAGCAACAAUGAUGAUGCAAACCAUCACCCAAUCCGGUGCUGGCAUGGCCGGCGCGCAAGCCAUCCACGCCAACGUGUACGCAACACAACCACUCGCCCGCUUCGGCACCCGCGAGCAACUGGAAGAAACCAUCCCCAAGAUCAUCAAUGGUACAUGGCGCACCUGCUUUGGUGUCACAGAGCCCAACACGGGUCUGGAAACGCUCAAGCUGAAGACGCUAGCUACCAAAAAGUCCCGCGGGGAUAGUGAUAUCUACUCCAUCUCAGGCCAGAAGAUCUGGAUUACCUGCGCGCAAGUCGCUAGCAAAAUGAUCCUGUUAGCGCGCACGACCCCUCUGGAAGAAGUGAACAAGUCGACACAAGGCCUAUCUAUGUUCUGCAUCGACCUCGACCGCACACAGCCCGGUCUGGACAUGCGCAAGAUCAAGAAGAUGGGCGGACGUGCCGUCGACGCCAACGAAGUCUUCUUCGAUGGGUACGAAGUGCCCGCGAACACACUCAUCGGACAGGAAAACGAAGGGUUCCGGAUCAUUCUGCAUGGUAUGAACGCGGAGCGGUGUUUGCUGGCGGGUGAGGCAUUGGGGCUGGGGUAUGCGGCGCUGGAGCGAGCAGCUGAUUAUGCGAAGGAGAGGGUGGUGUUUGGACGGCCGAUUGGGCAGAAUCAGGGCAUUGCGCAUCCGUUGGCGGAUGCGUAUAUGAGGCUGGAGGCGGCCAAGCUGGCGACGUAUCAUGCUGCGAGAUUGUAUGAUGCGUCGAAGAAGGAUGAGGGGAUACCGCUGCAUUCCGUCGGGGUGGCGUGUAACAGUGCCAAGUAUUUGGCUGCUGAGGCGGCGUUUACGGCGUGUGAGAGGGCGGUGCUGAGCCAUGGGGGCAUGGGGUAUGCGAUGGAAUAUGAUGUGGAGAGGUACUUGAGGGAGUGCCUGGUGCCCAGGAUCGCGCCGGUCAGUCGCGAGAUGAUUUUGAAUUAUGUUAGUGAAAAGGUGUUGCAGUUGCCGAGGAGUUAUUAG